ACAGCAAUCCAAGGACUCAUUGUAGUUUGUCUUGUAAGAGUUCACAUUUGCUUCUCUUGUUUUCCAGUACAAUCGCCAUAGCCACCAUAUUAUUAUGAUGAAUGGGUAUAGGGAAGACGAUUCAUACUGCUAUUUCCAUCCUAAACAAGUGGUCAUCGGGGUUUGCCCUUUGUGCUUAAACGACAGGCUUCUUAUCUUAGCUUCAAAGCAAGGCGGCCACUCUUCAUCUUCAUCGUCGUCCACCAGAGGCAGCCAUAGAUUUCUUCAAAAGAAACCACAUAUUCACCUCCCCAAGAUCUUUGCUUUAGGCCCACUUCCCCAUCGCCGUGAGCUCAAGCAACGGAAAUCUCAAGAUUUUGAUGACCAUGAUGCUUCAACCAGUCAAGAAGACUCCUUUAUCUCAAUCAAGUUUGAAGAGAAUGGUGUUAGUUCAUGGGAAAAAGGCAAAGUUUCAAAGGUUUCACUUGAGAAUUGCAGCAUGUCGUGGAACCCCACGUUGGACAAAGGACUAAAAGAGGGCAAUAAGAGUGUGAUCGAGCAUCCGAAACCAGGUGGCUCGCUCCGGUGGCGAAAGCGGAUGGGCCACUUGUUUCAGCUCGUAAGGUGGAAGAGGUCCACCAACAAGGCUGAGGGAGUCAAGGCCAUGAAGAAAAGCUGGAUAAUAAGGACUCUCACGAAGAGAACCUAAUAAUAACAUACUUUUUUUUUCCUGUAUAGAAAAUGAUAGUAAGUUGAGCUUUCCUCUACCAUUGCCAAAUUGUGUGUGAAAAUGAUUUUGGGUU